CAGUAACCCAUGUGUCUCCUGCUGCGUUCUCUACCGCAUUGAUAGACUUGUUUCUCUAUCUGGCAGAAUCCAAUGCCUCUGCUUUCGCCUAACUUCUCUCUCUGCUUCUUCUUGACGAUAUUGCUCUGUUUCUCUUCUUACUAUGCAAGGAGCAUUGAUCCUCGGUCUCUCGCGGUCUCUGGGUUGCAGUGGUCUCCGUUGUAUUAUUUUUAUCUCUUCUUCUUUUUACUUCCGGUGAAGUGCAUGAUUCACUGUGAGCUUCCUCUGUGAGUUGAAACCUAAAACUGAUAUUUUUGCUUUUUGUUCUUUGAUUCCCAUUUCGAGCUACAUAGCGGCCAUGCAUCCUCUGUCUCUCGCUUUCUUUGUGUUGUAGUAGCCCAAAUAAGCUGCCGUCCGUUCGCGGUGCCUCCUCCUCCUCCAUUGUACCUUUUCUACCUCUUCCUUUCCGGUGAGUUGCGCUCCUUUCCGGUGAGGUACGCUCCUCCUCCGCCGUUGUACCUCUUCUAUUUCUUGUUAUUUGAUUCCCAUUUCGAAUUGCGUAGAGGCCAUGCAUCCUCUGUCUCUCGCUUUCUUUGUGUUGCAGUAGUCUAGAUCAGCUGCCGUCUGUUCGCGGCGCCUCCUCCUCCUCCAUUGUACCUUUUCUACCUCUUCCUUUCCGGUGAGGUGCGCUUCUUUCCGAAGACGGUUUUCUUCCCCUCGGCCGCCGCUCCUCAGAUCCCUCAAACCCAGAACUACCAACAAUAACCACCAUCGCCACUUCGCCUUCUACACCAGGAACUUUUUGGUGCUUUUGUUGUGCUACGUUCUCCUUCACUGUCAGUUUCUCCUCAGAGUUUCUCAUUCCUCUUUUGCUUGUAGUGGUCAUCUGUUUUCUUGGCAAGUUCUGGCUUUUUUCUAUUGGCAGAGAUGACUAGUGGGAUGCUGCUCGUGGAUUUCUCAGUAUCUGAUCUCAUCAAUUUUUUGGGUUUUCUUUUAUAGUGGUGCUGCAAUUGGACAUUUCUUUGGUUCUUUUCCCUUACACGUUUGUUUCAUCAAUUUAUUGGAAAUGGUUCAGGUUAAGUAGGGGAAACGUAAGAAGAAUCAGCAGCGAUGGCAGUGCCUUUGCUUUCAAAGAAGACAGUGAAGAAAAGGGUCAAAAAGUUCAAGCAACCCCAGACAGACAACUCAAACACUCGCAUCCAACUUGCUAAGAAAAGUGGAAAAGGGGAAUACAGGAAGUGUCAUUAGUCUUCCCAAGCAUAGUAGGAAGGUCACUCAUCAUGAAUAUGAAGUCUAAACAGCAAAUGGAAGAACAAUUACAAAAAAAGGAAAACCAAAAGUACUGUAAUGUUUGCGGACCCAAGCUGACAUAAAAAGCUAGAGACACCAAAAGCUGUUACACCUAGAGCUGUUACUAAGGGAACAAAGGGACAAGUUCAUACAAAUUCAUCUAAUAUAGGUGAUCUGGUUUCAGAAGGAUCUCUGAAUCCUUAUGCAGAUGAUCCCUAUGCAUUUGAUUAGAGUAUGAAGCGUUUGGGUCGACCGUGAAGAAGCCAGUGCAAAAAAAAAGAAAAAAAAGAUUUGUCUACAAAAAAGGUUGCUUCUACCCACUGAUUAUUCUAUAAGAUUUAUUGCAUGCAUUGUUUUCUAUGUCCUGAGCUACAUUAGACGAGGAAACUUUUUUAAACGUUUAGCUUGUUCAAUAUUGAUCUAGCAUAAUGCUAUGAGAUCAUUUUGGUAAAUCUACAGUCUGGCAUGACUACUGAAUGUUCAGUUGUUCUUGAUACUGCUAAGGAGCUGUUUCUCUUAGUUAAGUUGUUUGUAGUAUCAAAUCACUGCUGCAUCUGGAUUUUGGCAGGAACUAUAUCAUGCAAUAGAAGGCUUUGCAAAUGGAGGAUGAAACUUUUUAAUUCUAGACAUUUUAGCACACAAAAAAUGUACAUUGCAACUGUAAUAAUGUUCCUUCAUCGAUAAACAAGAAUUAAACGUUUGCAUGUGUCUGAAAUGCGAAAUUGCCUGUUUUCGUGGCUCCAAAACUCUUAUCUGGAAGUUUGAUUGCUACAAUAACACAAAGCUCUUGUUAAAGAUGUAUGGCCAAUAUUGCAUUCCCCUCUGCAUCUUGAUUUUUUGUGAAAAGAAAUUAUGUUUCUCGAUUUUUCGUGUCACUUUUGUUUGUGCCUCCAAUCUUUUACCCCAACAAUGUCGUGCCACGUGAGAAAACUAAAAUCAAUUGAGGGUCUCUUGUCAACAUAUAAGACUAUUUGUAUACCUUGCUUGAGGUCAGGGAAUGUAUGAUUUCCCUAGGUUCAUCGUGGAUUUGUUAUUAGUUAUUAGUUUUUAAAAACCCUAUGCAUUCCUUGGUUUCCUUUUUUUUUCGGUGGUUAAUGUUAUUUUUGUUAUAGAGCAUGGAUCCGGGUCACUUUUCAUGAUGAUACUGGGUGUGUAAAUGUUAUUGCAUUAGGUGUCGAAGCUGAGAAGCUGGUUGGUGUUAGCACGCUUGACAUGUUUGAGGCUGCUGACGAUGAGGUUAUGUGUUGCUCUUUUCUCAUGCAUAGAUACCUGAACUUGGAGAUUGUUCAACUAUAUGUAGCCAGGUGAAUUGAUAUACGACCCUGAAAUUGAGAAGGCAGCGCGUAGGCGUAGGCAAGAGACCAAAAGACGAAAAGAAGGGCAAUUAUUUACUGCAAACGAAUCAAUAGAAGAUGAAUUUAGCAUGACCAACAACCGAACAUUAAGGUAACUGGCUGCCCCGGAGUUGACCCACCAACAUUUGUGCAUUACAUUCCCAACUUUGGCUGAAAAUACCUCAUUCGAGCUGAAAUCAGGGUUAAUUCACCUCCUACCAUCGUUCCAUGGUCUCUCUGGUGAAAAACCCCACAAACACGUUCUGGAGUUCGAAGUGAUUUGUUCUAGCAUGAAACCUCCUGGGGUAACUGAAGAGCAAAUUAGACUUGGAGCCUUCCCUUUCUCUCUCAAAGAUGCAACGAAAGAUUGGCUAUACUACCUAUUUGUAGGUAGUGUUACCACAUGCGCACAAUUGAAAAAAAAAUUUCUAGAAAAAUUCUUCUCUGCAUCCCGGACUACAAGUUUGAGGAAGGAGAUAUGCAGCAUUAAGCAGUACCUCAGGGAGUCCUUGUAUGAUUAUUGGAAAAGGUUCAAUAAGUUGUGCACUAGAUGCCCACAGCAUCAAAUUAAUGAACAACUAUUGAUCCAAUACUUUUAUGAAGGGUUCCAGUCAUCUGACAGAAGUAUUAUUGACGCUGCGAGUGAAGGAGCACUGGCAAAUCAGAAACCGAGGGAAGCGUGGGAGUUUAUUGAAGCAAUUGUAGAAAACUCUCAGCAAUUUCGCUUUCGUGAGAGUAACCCUCCUCUAUUACCUACCCGUAGGGUCAACAAGAUAGAGACGUCAUCUACUCAGCAGCAACUGUCAGAGUUGACGUCUUUUGUUCGGCAAUUAGCCGUAGGGAAUGCGCAGCGAGCGAAUGUCUGUGGAAUUUGUACAAGUAUGGAUCAUCCCAUAGAUGCAUGUCCCAUCUUGCAAGAAGAUGGAGCUGAACAUGUAAACAUGGCAAGAUAUUUCAACACAUACAAUCCGGGUUGGAGGACCCAUCCCAACUUCAACUACGGAAAUAGGCCAUAUAAUUCAUUUGGAAAUCGUCCUCCAGAAUUUCAACAAUCAUGGCAACCAAAGCCUUAGCCUUCGUCUGCAGAUUCAGGAGAAUCUUUUGGCGACAUUGUCAAGAGUCUGGCCAUUAAUACUACUCAGUUUCAAAAGGAAACGAGAGCGGGCUUAUUGGAAACUAGGCCGGGCAUAAAAGAUAUGGAGACUCGAAUGAGCCAAAUGACAACUGCCAUUAAUCGCCUAGAGUCUCAGGUUUUUAAAAAAUUACCAUCACAACCCAAGAGAAAUCUAAAAAAUGGGAGUGCCAUGACACUGAGAAAUGACAAGGAAGUAGAGGGACUUAAGUUGGCAAACCUAAAAAGUAAAAGUGAAGAAGAGAUAGAAAAGAAGAUUGAAAAUGAAGAGCGCAUUCACGAAGACCCUAAGGUAACACUUACUCCUUCAAUUCCUAUUAAAUCUAACUUACCUUUUUUUCCUUGCAGGUUGGAAAAGACAAAGAAGGCAGAAAAGAAAAAAAAGAUCCUGGAUGUGUUCCGAAAAGUGGAGAUUAAUAUUCCCUUGUUGGAUGUUAUUAAGCAGAUACCGAAAUACACGAAGUUUUUGAAGGAUCUGUGCACUCAUAAGAAGAAGUUAAGAGAUGAUGAAAGAGUGGCGGUGAAAGAAAAUGAGUCGGUUAUAUUUCAAAGAAAACUUCCACCAAAGUGUGGGAACUCAAGUAUGUUCACAAUUCCAUGUAAAAUAGGGGAUGCCCCAAUUAAGAAAGUAAUAUUGGAUUUGGGGGUAUCGAUUAACGUGAUGCCUAAAACCAUCUAUGCCUCUCUAAAUCUUGGGUUGUUAAAAGGCAUAAGUAUCAUAAUUCAACUAGCAAACUAUACCAAUACUUAUUCAGAGAGGUUAGUUGAAGAUGUUUUCGUACAGGUCAAUGAGUUAGUUUUUUCUGCGAAUUUUUAUGUCUUAGACAUGGGGGAUGAAAGGUCAUUAAAUCCGUCACCUAUUUUGUUAGGUAUAUCAUUUUUUAACAUUGUUAGGAUAAAAAUAGAUGUGAAUGAAGGUAUUCUAUCAAUGGAGUUUGAUGGAAAAAUUAUAAAUUUCAAUAUUUUUGAUGCGAUGAACUACUCGGAGGAAUCUAACUCUGUUUUUGCUUUAAGUAUUAUUGAGUCCCUUAUACAGAAAACAUUUGAAUUGGAUAGGGAGGAUGCACUGAGAGUGGCUUUGGCGAAACAUCUCGAGUUGGAAUUAACUCUUGAUGUGAAAAUAAGUGAUGAGUUAUACCGUACCGUUGAAGCACCCAAGUUGGAGCUUAAGUCUCUCCCGAAACAUCUGAAGUAUGCAUUUCUCGGGGAUAAGGAGACACUACCGGUGAUAAUUUCUACACACCUGUCAUUGAGUCAAGAAGACAACCUAGUUCGUUUUCUUCAAGAUCAUAAGGAGAUGAUUGGGUGGUGUAUAGCAGACAUCAAGGAGAUCAGUUCGUCCUCAUGCAUGCACCGAAUACGGCUCAUAGACAAUGCAAUACCAGUGAGACAAGCGUAACGAAAAUUGAACCUACUGAUGAUGGAAGUAGUUAAGAAGGAGAUACUCAAACUCCUGGAAGUAAGAAUCAUCUUCGCCAUCUCAGACAGCCCAUGGGUGAGACUAGUUCAAAUAGUUCCGAAAAAGGCGGGAGUAACUAUGGAAGAGAACCAGGAAGGCAAGAUGGUUCCGGUCAAAAAUCCCACAGGAUGGCGCCAGUUCAUCGACUACCGGCGACUGAACGCCGUGACCAAAAAGGACAACUUCCCUAUCCCUUUUAUUGAUCAGAUGAUAGAGAGGUUGGCUGGUCAUGUUUAUUAUUGUUUUCUUGAUGA